AACACUAUAUAUUACAAAACAGAGGAUGCUCUGUUUUCAUCAUUCUCAAUAGCAAUGGCUUCUCUUUUCACAUCUAUCCUUCUAACUCUCUGUCUCUUCGUGGUCCCAUCAUUCUCAUCUGACCCUGACCCUUUACAAGACUACUGCGUUGGAGAUCUCAGAGCUUCUCCUUCCAUAAACGGCUUCCCAUGCAAAUCAUUAGUCUCAGCAUCUGACUUCUUCUUCUCCGGCUUAGGCGGUCCUCUAAACACCUCAAAUCCUAACGGCGUAGCCAUUUCCCCCGCUAACGUAUUAACGUUUCCGGGUCUAAACACUUUAGGACUAUCAAUGAACAACGUUGAGUUCGCUCCGGGAGGUGUGAACCCUCCUCACUCGCACCCGCGUGCAAGCGAAGCAGGAGUUGUGAUCGAAGGUUCGGUCUUUGUAGGGUUCUUGACAACGAACAACACUUUGUUCUCGAAGGUUAUCAAUGCUGGAGAGAUGUUUGUUGUCCCUAGAGGUUUGGUUCAUUUCCAAUGGAACGCUGGUGAAGGUAAAGCGCGUUUGAUAACCGCUUUUAAUAGUCAGCUUCCAGGAGCAGUGGUUCUGCCUAGCACUUUGUUUGGUUCAGUGCCUGAGAUUCCAAACGCGGUUUUAACCAAAACGUUUAGGACUGAUGAUGCAACUGUGAACAAUCUCAAGUCCAAGUUUGCUGUUUGAGUCUUUUGUUUUAUGUUUUCUGAAAACGAUAUUUCUCAAUUGAUUCUAUAGCAAUAAUCUGAUAUGCUAAUGUAAUAAAAAUAAGUAUGAAUAAUAAAUUAAAAUAAUAUAAUAAUAUGAGUAAAUCUGAAACUAAACAUUAAUAAGUUUCAUCUAUUUCUAGUUUCUCUUCUCUAUUAUAAUCUUUCUUGUGAAGAUCUUCAUUUCAGCUGUUGACAUUAAUUCAGAGAACUCAUGCCUUAACAAGUUGUCUGUUUCUUUGAGAUUGUAUAUUUGAAUCUCUUAAACUAAAACUCUUGAGGCUAAGUAAAUAGUUCUGUUUCCCUGAAUAAAUCUAUUUUGAAAAGACUAACUUACAGUCAGAGACUCAUGUUUAUGAUCAGACCUUUCUAAAUUUAAUUUGUAAUAAUAAUUUUUAAAAAAAUCAAAGAUUUGCAGGAAGCACUUGUUUCGGGUCUUUAGAUUAUUUCUUUAUUUAGCAGUUUGAGGAGAGGAAGAGAGAUAGACUAUAAAUAGAAAGGAUGCUCCAAAUAGCUAGAAAAUAGUACUAAGAACAACUCUUUUUCUUUAUAUAUAAUGGAUUCAACAAACCCAUUGCUCAAAGAGUACUCUAGUUCGAUCUGAGCUUGAGUUGGUGUAUUAGCUAUAUUAGCUUGCUGCUACCUGCGAACUCGUUACCGAAAAAGUUGUCUAGUUCUUGAUCAAGAUGAUUCUCUUGAAUUUCAUGGAAUGGAAGGUUUCUUGGUCAAAAAGAAACUCAGACCAGGUGAAGUUAACCUCUGAACUCUCUUGAGCUAUGGUUGAACAAGUUGAGGAAAAUACUGGAGGAGAUGAAUUAGAAGAAGACGAAGAGGCAUACAUAAAGUUAGAGACGGGCUUGACUUGGUUUGAUGACUCGGUCAUAAGCUUGAUUGCUUGCAGAUGAAACAUGAGAUCUCCUGAAUCACCAGGUUGUUGUUGAUGAGAAUCUUCGUUGAGCGAGUGAUUAUGUCUAAGAGAUGCGGUAUGAUUCAAGGGAUUAGGGUUUAGGGUUUAGGAUUCCACCACCAUUGAUGUUGCCAUAUUCAGCAAGUACAAGAGAAAAAGGACGGUGUGUGACAUGACCUAUCCCCAUUUGGGACAGUUUCUUUCUUUAGUUUUGUGUUCCAGAUCAUCUUCACUUGUGAAGAAGGAAGGGAUUAGGCGGAAUGGGUUUUGAGGUCUAAGAAGCGUGUGUGGCAAGAGAGCAAUGAAAAUUCAUUCACAUAUCUUAAAUUACAUAUGCAUGAUUCUUUAAUUAUUAUCUAUAAAUAAAUAUUACUUUUCUUUACUUUGCCACAUCUUUAGUUCCAAGUUCUUUAUAUCAAACAAUUCGUUAGAUUUUAUCAUUUUAUCCAAAUGUUUCCUAAUUGAUAUUUAUAACAAUUUUUAGUGUAAUUGUUGAGGUUAGAUGUAAUAAAAUUUAGCGCUUGAUUUCUUUUGGCUAAGAGUCUAAUACUAAUACUUAGAAAACCUUUUAGUGAUUGACAGAGAAAUUUCUUUAGUAAUAGUAACAACAAGAUCAAUCAUGAGACUUCUAUGAUGAUAACCACAAGUUUGUGCAUACUCACCCUGCUAAACAUGUAUAAGCUGGAUUUGCUCUAAAAUCCUUUUUAAAAUUUUAAUGGUAACUAGAAAUGGGCUUAAGCACACAAAAGCGACACGGGACAACGCAACAAGAUUCUCAUCUUUUGAUGGAUUUGCUCAUGGACCAUAAUAAUCACAUUCAGCAAAGCCUCAAAGCUGCGUCGUUUUAUCAAAAUCAAAGAGACCUUGAACAUGUUCUCAACAAAACUUAGACAAAAUUAAUUGUACAUUAAUAAUAGUUCCAUAACAUUAAACAGUUCUUAGGAAUCUCUGGUUCACCUUCAUUGUUUCUCUUUCAGGGUAAGCAAAAUAAUGACUAACCUAAUUCUAGUACACAUACCUCUCCUUAGGCCUCUCCAACAUUCCCCACUUCACUUAUCUCAGCCGAAAUUAACUUUGAAACAACAAGGCAGAUAUAACUGAGUGCAGAAACAGCCAAUGAAGUAUCUCUUACCGUUUUAACUUUUCUCUGGAAGGUGUUUAUGCCAGAAAAAAAAA